AUGAACGGCUACGGUUCGCCGUACCUCUACAUGGGGACCCCGGUUUCCCAGCCCCGUGCUCCGCUCCAGAGAACGCCCAAAUGCGCACGCUGUCGAAACCACGGUGUGCUCUCGUGGCUCAAAGGCCACAAGCGCUACUGUCGCUUCAAAGACUGCACCUGUGAGAAGUGCAUCCUGAUUAUCGAGCGUCAGCGCGUCAUGGCCGCGCAAGUGGCGCUCCGUCGGCAGCAGGCGAAUGAGAGUCUGGAGAGUCUAAUCCCGGAAUCACUCCGGGUAUUACCCGGCAUCACUGAGGCUGCCCAGGGAGCCGGGGCCGCGAGCAGAGCCGAGGAGCUGGACCUGAGGUGGAGCAAUGCGGAACCUGGUCACAGCGCAUCUAACUAGCCGGAGGACGGUGCUGAUGACGGGUCUGGGGCAGAGAACGGAGGCAGCGGGAGUGAAAAGGAUCAGGACCCACUCAGCUCUCCAGAAGGAUCCAAACACAACACGUGCUUCACCCCAGAGCCGCCAGAGACACCGUCCCAGCAGGAGGAGGCCCGCUGUAGCACAGCCAAAACCGGGGACAAAGAGAGCAAAAGUCCCGUGAGUCCGACGGAGCAGAGCGCGCUCCUGGAGGGCCUGCCCCUCAGCCUGCGGGCCCACAGACCCCCUCUGGACGUGCUGCAGAAGGUCUUUCCGGCGCACAAACCUGCGGUACUGGAGCUCAUCCUACGCGGCUGCGGUGGCGACCUCGUGGGGGCCAUCGAGGUGUUACUAUCAAGCCGCAGCCCUGAGGCUGGCGCACACCCGCCACACGGAGACACUGCAGCAGAUGGGCUAGUGUUACCCACAAACGGACACGCGUUGGACCCUGCGCUGGGCUCAUACCCCUUGACCAGUUCCAAGUGGUCCGUUGGCUCGGCCUUCCGUGUGCCGGAUUCUCUGCGGUUCUCGUCCGACCCGGCUCCGGGGAUAGUGCCCACGGGGCCUAUAGGGGUCCCGUUGCAGCACCCGUCUUUCCCACAGCCCACGCGCUACCCCUUGAUGCUACGUAACUCGCUCACGCGCAGUCAAACCGGACCGUUUGUGCACAAUGACGUGACUCUUUGGAACACCGUAGCCCUGCAGCAGCACUAUCAGCUCCGCUCUGCCGCACAUUAUGUGUCGCCCUUCUCCACGGCCCCCGGUGCACCUGUCUUUAGAGGGUCACCGCUCCUUGGCUCGGCCCGCGCUGAAGAACAGCGCCUCAGUCUGCAGGAGGACGCCGGCGCACUGGGGCCCAAACCGCUCUACUCGCCGGACCAGGACCACGAGUACGAGGAGCGCUCCGACUCUGCAGACUCUCGCAUCCUCAACUCCUCGGCCUAG